AUGGCAUUUUUACCUCCUGAAAAGAUUACCUUAGCUUUUUUGAUUGGGAAUACAAAGUACAUCACUGCUCAAAUACGCCAGAAGAAAACCAAAGAGAUAUUGAGUACUCUUAAGGAAGAUUCGAAUAUCAAAGUUCUGAGACAAAGUCCUGAGAUUUCCUGGGUUAUACAAGAAAAGGCAUAUGUCAGAAAGGCAAGAACAGUGGAUACAGAAUGGCCAAAUCUUUGGUAUUUGAAUGGUGAUGUUUCUCCGUCAAUGAAAGUCGACAAAGCCUGGGCAGCAGGUUAUUCUGGUAAGGGUAUUACUAUAGCAGUUUUGGAUGAUGGCUUACAGACAGACCACCCUGAUCUAGCAGCUAAUAUCGAUACUGUCAAUGAUAGAGAUGUUUAUGACAAUGAUGAUGAUCCUACUCCAACAAACGGAAGCAGUCAUGGAACAGAAACUAGUGGAUUCAUAGGUGCGAUCAAGGACAACAAUGUAUGUGUAGUUGGUGUGGCCUUUCAAAGCACCCUUAUAGGCAUUCGAAUCUUGGGAGCUUUGGGCAUAUCCGAUUCCGAUGAAGCUCAGGCUCUCACUCAUUAUAUAUCUAAGGUUGAUAUAUACAGCAACAGCUGGGGACCUGAUGAUGGUACUGGUUUUAAUGCUCCUAAAUCAAUCACAAAGGCAGCACUGAAAAAUGGAGUUAUUAAUGGCAGAAAUGGUAAAGGCGUUAUUUAUAUAUGGGCUGCAGGUAAUGGAGGCACAACAGAUAACUGUAAUGCUGAUGGCUAUGUCAAUAGUAUUUACACUGUAGCCAUCACUAGUGUACAAAUUGGUCAGAAUGCAUGGUAUUCAGAAGUUUGUGCUCCUGUUCUAGCUGCAGCGUAUGGUGGAAGCAAAUUGGAUAAGUUCCUAACAACAACUACUACACCAUCAGGAUGUAAAAGUGAAGGUGUGGAGGGGACAUCGUACGCAGCACCUAUUGCUACUGGUAUUGUUGCUCUAACGCUUGAAGCUAAUCCAAAUUUGACUUGGAGAGACAUCCAACAUCUCAUUGUUCUCACAUCAAACAGGAAUGGUUUUAAUGACACAUACGAUGCUUGGUCAAUAAAUGGAGCAAAGAAAGAAUUCAGCCAGGUAUUAGGUUUUGGUUUAAUGAACGCCGAAGGUAUGGUGAGCUAUGGUAAACACUGGGUACCAGUUCCAAUACAACAAACGUGUACUUUGUCAAAAAGGACUCCGUCUAUGAGCACCACUACAGCGGUAUCUGAUUCAAUUAGUGUAACCUCUCGUGAUUGCUCGUCCAUAAACUAUCUGGAACAUGUGCAAGUUGACAUAACAUUCUCAUACUCAAGAUUUAGAGGUGCAACACAGUUAUAUUUGGUAUCUCCAGCUGGUACCAUUAGUCAUUUGCUGCACUACAGAUAUCAGGACGAGUUUGACAACACAGCAGCCGGGAAUCAAACAUGGACUUUCAUGUCAGUACAUUUUUGGAAAGAAAAUCCCAUCGGAAGCUGGCACCUGGAAAUCACUUCCUAUGUUGAAACUGUAACAGGUAUUGGACAAACAAGCACAGUAUCUACCAAAACUACAACAGAACCAAAGACACAAACCACAACAGUAGGUAAAACAACACAUGUUACAACUAAACCGACAACUAAACCUACCACAGCAAGUACAAUUCCGGUGUCUACAUCAAAGGAUGCCAAUGGUUCAAUAGCUAACACUUACAAUACCAAUGUUCCGAUGAUUGCCGGUAUCAUUGGAGCCUUUAUUGCAAUUUUCGCACUUGUUGGAGCAAUGUUUGCUACUUAUGCAUUAAUGAAGAGCGUAAGGAAGUACGUAUGA